CUCGCCGCCGCCGCCGCCGCGCCUUUGAGUCAGCAAACUCCGCCGGCCGCGGGCCCUGCCCGGCCUUACCCUGCCCAGCCUUGCCUUGCCCGAGGAGCAGCCCAUUCAUCCUCUUCUGAAGAUGUUUCCAGAACAACAGAAAGAGGAGUUUGUAAGUGUCUGGGUCCGAGAUCCUAGGAUUCAGAAGGAGGACUUUUGGCAUUCCUAUAUUGACUAUGAGAUAUGUAUUCAUACUAAUAGCAUGUGUUUUACAAUGAAGACAUCUUGUGUGAGAAGAAGAUACAGAGAAUUUGUGUGGCUGAGACAAAGACUGCAAAGUAAUGCAUUGCUGGUACAACUACCAGAACUUCCAUCUAAAAACCUGUUUUUCAACAUGAACAAUCGUCAGCAUGUUGAUCAGCGUCGCCAGGGUUUGGAAGAUUUCCUCAGAAAAGUCCUGCAGAACGCACUCUUGCUUUCAGACAGCAGCCUUCACCUGUUCCUGCAGAGCCACCUGACCGCCGAGGACAUUGAGGCAUGUGUUUCUGGGCAGACCAAGUACUCGGUGGAAGAGGCGAUUCACAAGUUUGCCUUGAUGAACAGACGUUUCCCCGAAGAAGAUGAAGAAGGGAAAAAGGAGAAUGAUGUAGAUUAUGAUUCAGAAAGUUCAUCCUCUGGGCUUGGACACAGCAGUGAUGACAGCAGUUCGCAGGGAUGUAAAGCAAGUGCUGCUCCACAGGAGUCCUGAGGCGCACUCCACUAUCACUACCUUAGGACGGUGCACUGCGGCCAUUCACAGAGCAGCAAGCUUGCUCACAGUGUAUUCUUACCUAAUGCUCACUUUUAUGAUACUAGGUGUUUAAAUUCUUAAAGAUGGUGGGCUAUUUAUUAGUGCUAUGUAUUUGUAUGCUCUCUUAAAUUUUGCCAAGCAUCUGUAAUAAAGCUAAAAGGUCUGUGAAUGCCA